AUUCGGUUUAUAAAGCACCAUUUUUGAUGUGAAAAAUCCUCGAUAUAUGAUUCCAAAAACUUGAGUUUCAUCAUCUACCGAUUGAUUUCUCUGCGGAAUUCAGAGAUUAUACCUUUCCUGUAGAGAGUGCAGUUUAAAAGCUUCUAUGAUUCUUAAAAAGCUCAUCCUGAACUCAUCCAAGUGAUCCCUGAAACCACCUUGCAAGGCUAUCAUCCCUCACUACCUACACAAGACGAUCAAAUCUUUUCUCCAAAGUAAACAAACAAAAGAAGGUACCAGGCAUGCAUACCAUUCAAUACACGAUAUCCAAUACACCAAUGCAUAGCGAACGGUAAGAUUUCCAAUUUCCUUUCAUUCAAUAAAACAUUCCAUCUAACAUCCACGAGUAUCAAUGACCAAUACAUUCCAACCCAGAUUUCUGCGCGCGCUAUUCCCGCAACAAUUUCCCGAGGGAGGUCAGAAUUCGAAAUCUUCUCUUCAAGGUCAUCAUCGUAAUAAACGCGUUAAAUAUAUUCAUGAACCGUCAUCGGUGGAUGAAGAUGUUUUCGAAGAAUAUGAUGCGCUGGAUACGCUCGAUACGGCGGACCAGGGAAUAGAUGAUGAUGAGAAUCAAUUGAGAUUAGAGCAUAAAUCGUGUGCGAAAGCUAUGAUAAGAAGGAAGAUGGCGGAACGUGUUACGAUUGAUCCGGAUGGUGAUUUAUUAUUGAUAUUGAAUGAGCGGAGGAAGUGUAGUAAGAGGAAGAUUGAAGCGCUUGCGGUGGUGCCGAUUGAUGAUUCGGGGAUUGGGAUGGAGACGGGAACGGGGACAGAUGGAGAGGUGCCGGAGGUUUUGGAGACGGUGGAAGAAGAUCCGUAUAAUGCAGAUGCGGAGAAGGAGAAGGAGAAGGAGAAGAAACAGAAUGAAUUAAAGGAAAUUCAUAUGUUGGUUUCAUCUAAACAUAUGGUUCUCGUUUCGCCGGUUUUCAAGGCGAUGCUUCAAUGGAGUAAUUUCAAGGAUGGAUAUGCUAUGAAAGCUCAUGGAAAAGUCGAAGUUCCAUUACCGGAUGAUGAUCCGGAAGCUAUGAGGAUACUGGUGGAUAUUGUUCAUUGUCAUCAUAAAGAUGUUCCUCGAAAGGUUAAACUUGGUUUACUUACGCAUCUGGCUAUUUUGGUGGAUAAAUAUAGGUUACAUGAAGCUGUGCAGAUAUAUUCCGAUAUGUGGAUUUCACAUGCAAAAAGGAAGUUUCCCUCUUCGAUGGCGGAGGAUGGGACGGAGGUUUGUCUUCAGUGGCUUUGUAUCUCUUGGGUUUUUGAAAAAAGUCGUGAUUUUACGGCUAUGACGAGGAUAUUUCAACAAGAGAGUACACAGAGUUUAUCAGAAAUGAUUUCAGUUUCAGCUUGGGAUAUUCCCGUCCCUGGUACCGUUAUUGGUAGGUAAACCUGAUUUCGAGUAAUUAGCGAACUUUGAGCUAAUCAUUAUUCAGAUAAUAUCGAGCAAGACCGAAUCCGAGCUCUCGAUGAAGCAAUCUCCGCACUCAGAGACACAAUAGAAACCUACCAAACCUCAACCCUCGUAUGUCGAGGUCGACCUACACAUCUACCCAUCGAUCAAAUCCCUCAACAUAACAAACAAUGCGACGCCAUGGUUCUAGGAAUGUUGAUUAAAGAAGCUAUUUAUCAUAAUCUCUAUCCACUCCCAGAAGCUCCAUACACGGGUCAUUCAUUCAUUAGCAUUUAUGACAGUUACCAAAACUUCGAUAUCAAGAAUGGUUGUGAAGUGGUAUUAUUGUGUAAUUCUCAUCCGGAUAAGGAGGUGAAGGAGACGAAACAUGUUUUUGGGGAUGUGUUGAUGGAUUUGUUGAUGCCGAUUGAGGAGAGUUUGGGUGGUUUGGAACUUAAUGGGUUUAAGGUUUCUUUGGGAUUAGUUUGAAUUUUUGGAUUAGGAUUAGGAUUACAGUUCCGGUUGCAUGUUGUGGGAAGUUGUGGAAUGAUUUUGUUAUGCUUAUUUGGAUAAUGGGAUGGAUGGCAUUAGGUUGUUUAGGUUUUUGGUAUAUUUCUGGGCUGCGAGUUUUGUUAUAUAGAUGCGUAUUUUUAUCCGUCUAUAUUGCAUUCUAGGGUAUAAUUAUCCAGUUUCUCAUGUUGGGAUUAGGAUAUCUUAAUCACUUAUUUGCUUACGGUUAUAAAGUAAAUAGUGUAU